AUGGGGUCUGAAGGAGGCUCAGGGAACAACAAGAAGGUUUUCUUCCUUUACCUCAACUGUGCCGAGUGUGGCAAUCCAGCCCACAGGGGGUUCCCUUUGUGCGGGUGCUCAGAGGACGUGGAAAAGGGGGAGUCCCCAGGCGGUGUAGUCACCGAAAGUGAAUUAUCCCCGUGGGUGGCGAAGCACCUCACCGAUCUUCCUGAGGCCUUGGUGAUGAAACCAGAGAUGUCAGAGGUGUCCACCAAAGCGAAGCGGCGGGCAGUCUCCGCCGAACCAGAUACCAUUAUUAUUCCUCACAACGCCCUCGCCGUGUGUACCGGGGUGCUGUGUCCGACGACGACGGGGUUCUUCGGGUCGCGCGGUCAGGCCCCCGACGUCACCACGUUGGAGCUCGGGUUCCCGCGCAGCAUGGCGCUCGCGGCAGAGGACAUCACAGGUCUCACGACCCCGGGCGGCGGCGGUGGUGCGACAGGGUUGGGAAGUAGGGACCUCCAGCAGAGUACCACCCCCGGGUCACAGGCAGCCAGCACCCAGUCCGGGGGAUCGUCACAGGGUGCAGACAAGAACCAAAACAUCGAAUGUGUCGUGUGUGGGGACAAAUCCAGCGGCAAGCACUACGGCCAGUUCACGUGUGAAGGAUGCAAGAGCUUCUUCAAAAGGAGUGUCAGGAGAAACCUCACGUACUCUUGUCGGGGGAACAGGAACUGUCCCAUCGAUCAGCAUCACAGAAAUCAGUGCCAGUACUGUCGGCUCAAGAAGUGUCUCAAGAUGGGCAUGAGGAGAGAAGCCGUCCAACGAGGGCGGGUACCUCCGUCGCAGCCUCCGGGUCUUCCGGGUCAAUUUGCUCUUACCAACGGUGACGCAGCUUCAGCNCUCAACGGCCACUCGUACCUGUCCAGCUACAUCUCGCUGUUACUUCGCGCCGAGCCCUACCCCACGUCGCGAUAUGGCCAGUGUAUGCAGCCCAACAAUAUCAUGGGCAUCGACAACAUUUGUGAGCUAGCGGCGAGACUACUGUUCUCGGCUGUGGAAUGGGCGAGGAACAUUCCCUUCUUCCCGGACCUUCAGGUCACGGAUCAAGUGGCACUGUUGAGACUCGUGUGGAGCGAACUGUUUGUGCUGAACGCGUCGCAGUGCUCCAUGCCUUUACACGUCGCACCGCUGCUGGCGGCGGCAGGACUUCACGCGUCGCCGAUGGCGGCGGACAGAGUGGUAGCCUUUAUGGAUCACAUCAGGAUAUUCCAGGAACAAGUCGAGAAGUUGAAGGCGCUCCACGUGGACUCUGCGGAGUACAGCUGUCUCAAGGCCAUCGUGCUCUUCACAACAGAUGCGUGUGGACUAUCGGACGUGGCGCACAUCGAGAGUCUUCAGGAAAAGUCGCAGUGCGCGCUCGAAGAAUAUUGCAGGACACAGUACCCCAACCAGCCAACGCGUUUCGGCAAACUGCUGCUCCGGUUACCGUCUCUCAGGACUGUCAGUUCGCAGGUGAUCGAACAGCUGUUCUUUGUGCGCCUUGUGGGCAAGACGCCCAUCGAGACGCUCAUUAGAGACAUGCUGCUCAGUGGCAGUAGUUUCAGUUGGCCGUACAUGAGCUCGAUGUGACACAGCGUCUGGAGGCAAUUGGCUUCCGCGUGAAUCGUCUUCAUCAUCAAAGUCUUCAUCAAAUCAUUAUUCGCGCGAUUGUCGUCGUCACUAAUAACUCGAGUUCCUACCUUCGUGUGUGGAUAUCAGGCGUUACAUGGACUUAUCAACGUGACGAAGACAGUGAUUCUCAAGUAACAGGCCACGGGGACACCCCUACAUUUACACAAAUGCCUGUCGGUGGCAUGGAGACAAGGAUUUGCAGAGCCGCAUAUCCAUGUAUUUUGCUACUGAAUACUAUCCUCCAGGUCCAGAACUGUAGACGGGCUGUAAUAUAACUGCAAUCAUGUCAAGGUCAAAACGGUUCAGAGGUACCGAUACAUUUCUGCACUUUUUCAAAAGAUGUUUUCAGGUCCAAAACAUUUAAUAAGCAAUAUGAAGGAAUUUUAGUUUACGUUGACGAUCGUUCUGUUUUUUUUUUGUUUUUUUUUUAAAUUUAACACCAAUACGAAAUUUGUGAAUGGCUUACAGGCAAAGUUACUAACUUUCAAACUGUGGGGCAAAACUGUUUUAGUGAACACUUCGGACUUCUUUGAGGACACGUGAAAUAAAGACCUACUUAUUGUGACAAAGUUUUUAUAACAUUUCUCUGACGACACUUCUUGCAAAACUAUAAAUUAUUCCAGAUGUAAGUCAUUUCAGAGGACCUUCAUAAUCACUUCGAUGUACAAAUUAUAGCAUAAAAUUGAUACCUUCUCCAUCUUUUAGAUCUCGUGCUAUUGAGCCUGUCUAGACAACCGGCUUCGACAGUCUUCCUAUCCGAAACAUACUUUCGCAUUAGGCUAACACACAUUUAUCUGUUACAUUUACCAUUGCAUAUACCAUCCUCUGGGAUUUAUUUUCCUGUGCGACUACACUGAAACAAGUACACCGGUUUCAAUAUCCAUACCCCAAUUCAGAUAGUCGGUUUAAAAUUCAUACCACUCGCAGUGCCCACUUACGUUCAGUUUUCCCGCUCAGGUACAAUCAUCAUUAUCUUUCAUCUAGUAACUUAUUAUGGACCAUGUUGAGCAAACCGUGUCAUCGUGCUACGAGGAUAUUGCACUUAAACCCUUUCUACGACAUGCAAGUCUGAUUAAGUUUAAUUCAGAGAAUCACGAAAGUUGCAUUAGACAAGUUAUAAUUAAAAUAAUUAAAAAUAAAAAGUCAUUAACAAAGUGAAUGUUUGGAGAUGACCUUCUUCUAGGACGUUGCGCCGUGUACAGCGAUAGAAGUUGAUCGACAUUUCAGUGUUAUCGCCCUGAUAAUGAAAGCAGCAAGCACCCCUAAAACGCCGAUCAACGUCUACCAGACUACACGGCGCAAUAUCCCAGAUGACAAAACAAACCACGUUCAUGUUUGCUGCCGUGGGAACCUGCAAUCUCACUAAGUAAAUGUAAAUUCAGUUAUAAUUAGUAAACCUGUUCAUAUUAGGAGAGUCUUCCUCCUUUCCGCUAGAGGAACCGCAGUGUUCAAAGGUCAGAGAGAAAUAAGAAAAAAUCAACACAGAACUCGUAAUUGUUGCUGCAAGUGUCAACACUAACACUAAGUUUUUUGUCCAAUCACAACAUUCUUCUGGAGUUUUAAACCAUUGUGCUUCACAAUAAAUGGCAUUCAAUCUAAAGCAUAUAGCUGCUUCUGCCUCAGUUGGAAGAUAUGUGAGAAUCUGAUCUAGAAGUCGGUUUUCUUUUUUGUCUCCUCAAUGGUCAGUUCUGAAAUGUCAUAGACUGAUAUGCAGCAUGUCCAAGAUGUCUUAAACGCCACUGAUAGAACAUAUCUCAUGUGCACUCCAUAUCUUCCCACGCACAACUAACAUUGGGCCUCGCGUUACGGUAUUGAAAAUGGAUUGACUUGAAAUGCAGGUUAUUGAUGGCUAGAAUCCUAAUAUUGAACCGAAACCAGGCAUUGAUUAUGGAAGCUUUCGAAUACAACGACGUAACUUCCAUCUCAUAACUAAAAACAUCUUGUGAUUCUAUAAAGUUUCUUUAUCAAUGGCUGAUUUAGUACCAAUACAAUGUUAAACUUUAUCCGUUGUCUGAGAUACGAUGAUGUUUCGGAAUUUAACUUUCCUUCGGUCGUUAGAUGGUUAUCAUUAUACUGACAGAUUUAAUUAUAUUGUUUAUUUUAACGCCAAUAUCGGUAUAAUGAUAACCAAUUACCAACUACCGAAACUUCAUGUAUAUCAAAUAUAACACAGGCAAUGGGAAACGGCUAACAUUAUACUGGUAUAACAGAUUUCUUGUUGCCAACUAAGAACAAUUUCUGAAGCAUCUAUCUUCGCUUGACUGCUACUUGUACGUGUAGAUUCAUUACAAAAAUCUCAUACUGGCAACUCAGAAUAUUUGUUUCGCUUCAGCAUUAUGGCGGUAAUUUGCAGGGUUGAUUUAAAACAAUCAUGUUAUAAACUCAUUACAGAGUUCUGUAUGUUGAUAUUCCUGAAAUUACUUUCUUACUUUCUGUGACGUACAGCACGCGAAUACUGAAGUGCUUCAUCAGUAACAUGAAGUGCCAGUGAUUCCCUGGUCUUUUUUCUACAUAAAUACGAGGGCCCAUACAAAUCAUUCAGACUGAACAAGAAUUCUGCGCAAAAGCGAUCCAUGCACAUGAUACUUCACAAAAGUUAUUGCGACCGUUAUGAAGCAUUUAACAUCGCACUGUAGACACAUUUAAAUGCGACCCUGAAACUUCUGAAACAAUAAUAUUUGAUUUAAAUUUACGAAAUGCCCAGGAAACAAAAUGCCAGUUGUACCAUUAGAUACACAUCGGAAAUUUAGACUGCAGCAUUCAUCUAUGCAUUCACAUCUUCCUUUUAAUUAAGAUUCAUGUGGUAAUGACCAUAUGAACACACUCGUAACUAACUUUAAAAAUUUAUCUUCUCUACUUUAUUCUGCAAAUAGUGAACGCAAAUGUAUUUGUGACAUAAGAAGUCCUAAAGCUUUCCGAAUGGCAAGGCCCGAAAUCAGUAGGCACAUUCGGCAGCCGAAUGGCGUUCUUCUUAUUCCAAUCCUAAGUCAAUCAGAGACGUGUAAAUAAUUAUACAUCCAGUUAAUUUUAUCAUGUACAUGCUCGUACUAAUUGUUACGCUGCAAUGUAAACCAUGGCAAAAGCUCGAAGGUUGCUUGAAGCAUAAAUAAUAAAUACCACACUAUGUUCUUCGUAGUGCGAGACAUUGAGUUUCAUAAGUGGGAAUUUUUAGAGGCUUCGUCUGCAUAAUUACAGAGCAUGCGAUGCGUUGUGUUGAAUUGAUUUCUUGACGUUAUCCAGUGUCUCUCUGUUACUAAAACCACAACUUUUCGAUUCCAUUUCUGCUUCCUCUUCAGAUGAAAGGAGGUCAAAAGACUAAUCUGUUAGGCCUCUGGUCGAGAUUGUCUCAAACCCGAUCAAAGAGAAUGGCCUUUUGUUCACCUGUCACCCCAAGACGGAAGUAGAACGAACUUCCGAUUUAAGCUUUUAUUAAUAUACCCUAUAAGAUGUAUUAAGUUAAACAAAACGGUCCCUUUCCAGGCUUUAUUCCCAAAAUAGAAAAUAUUAAUGUUAAUUCCCAAAUUAUUACCUUGAUUUGCCACGCUGAAAGUUACUUACAACUCACAUAUGUUCAUGUUUAUUUUUAAAGUUAAAAAUUACAUAACUUUUUCUUCUACUCCUAGCGCCAUUGUCUUGAUUAAGUCUUCGUCAUAUAGAAACCAUCCCGUUAAUUAAUUCAAAUGAGUCGAACGCCUAAAUCUGCACAGUUUCGUGAUUUUAACAUGUGAACACCAUCAGUAAUUUUCAUAUCAUUACCACAAAAAUCUAGCGGACCAUAUGUAGUAGACUAUAGCCCAUGUAGGCUAUUAUAAAAAUAGUUAAGCAUAAUGAAAAUUGUCAACAUUUCACCUAGUUGGUCGCCAUUGUUAUUAAGUCAGAUUCAUAGCAGUUCUAACCUCACUCCUGUACAAAUCGAACGUGUAUUUUAGCAAUUACUUGCGUACGGCACCUAAUUGUGGAUAUUCGUAAUGUAAUAGGAUUCAUGUUAACUGCAACGUGUGCUGAUAUUCCAACCUUCAUCAUCUUUCACAGAUUAUGAAGUUACUUUCAGAAGUUUUGAAUCCAUUUAAUCUCAUUCAAAAUAACUUACAAAAACGUACGUUUUCACGUCUUCACUACGUCCAUUACAUUUAAUGAAGUGCUAUAAAGCAACUUGAAAUUAGAACUAUUUUUAAAGUCACGAAAUAUAUUAUGCAGUUGAAUGUUAUUAAGCUUUGCCACCAUUCGUUACAUCCCGAUUUUUGCGCUGACCUAUAGCCUAAGCCUAAUUUGAAAUUCAUGCACUACUUAAUGUCUCGUACAGAACUUUGAUGACCAUUGGGUUCUGACAUCGAUACAUAUAGCUUAGCACUUGGAAAUUUAAACAUCAUAUACCUACAAAACAGCAAUCACUUCCUACAACUUUUUAAAUCCACAUUUGAAAGAGUAAAGUAAACAACACGUCUGUUAAAUUGCGAACGGGAAAUUUACCGACACCUACUUGUGCGUGCUUAAGAAGUUGAUCUGUCCAUAAGUCAAUAAGGGCGAUCACUUUAUAGCAGUCUUGGAAAUAAAGGAAAGUGCAACUUUAACUCAGCCAUGUUUCGAUUUCGACUAAUUUUAUUCAGAGGCCAUUUCAGUUCUAAAGAGUGACGCAUUCGUCGUAAUAAAACUAAAAUAAUUUUAGAUACGUAUGUGAAUUAAUUAUGUUCUUUCUAACUCUCCAUAAACGACCAGUGAUAAUUUGUUUGACAUGUGAAGAAAUCACUGUGUAGCAGUACAUAAUGAAGUUCGGGAGAUAUUUUUUUAAAUGUUACUUCGCUCAUUCAAAUGUGAAUGCAGACUUUUCAAGGGACAUGCACGUUGCUUCUAUGUACGAUAAUUGAUAGGAUAUGGCGUCAUACACCAGGAUUCUGUGCGGCACUGUUACCAUUUUCCAUUGCCUCCUUGCCUUCUGUGGCCGUUAUCAGUACCUAUAUUAAAUUCCUGCGGGAAGCAUUCUCCGCGUUCAAGAAACACGACAAACUGCAGUAAUAUUUCAAUACGCCAGUUACGUCCAUGCUUGCUGGUUCAGAUGCAGAAAUAGGCUUAGUAAAAUUGAAACCAAUAUCAAGGAGGAUAUGCAAUAAAAAUUCGUUUUGUCGCGUAGCACGCACUGUCGUCAUAAUACGUGCCACUGCUAUGCUUGGAGUCAUUUUGCAGUGACGAACCUUACAAUGUCUCUUACAUCAAACACUAGUUUAAAUAUUAACUGCUCCCUUCGGCGAAAAUUCAUAGUUUCUUGUUGGCAUACUUUACUCGAUUUUCGGAUGUGAUACAUGAACGAAUUUUUAUUAAACUUAGUACUAAAAUUAACUUCGGACUUUGAUAUAAGACCAGUCACCGUUGUGGAAUACGAACCGAAGUUAAUGUUACGUCAUGUAGUAUAAACCGGAUGGAGACUUUUCCGCAAAAUCUAGGCGAGCAGAGUGGAAAAAAAAGUUUUUGUUGUACAUGCGUUUAACUGCCGUGUCUAUAUUCUGACUGGACUCAUAAAUGACCCCUCUUGCGGGAGUGAUAUGCAAUGCAUCCCAUUUAUGAUACACGGCAGGACUACUUUGAUAUCCAGUUGAAUUGAACGCAAGUGUUCUCUUUGAGAUUGCUUUAUAUUUCAGUUUCAGAAGAUAAAAAUAUUUAUGAAUGCGUUCCCAAUGGAAAUAAGGCCAUGAUCUUUUGUGGUGUAAGAAGUGCAAAGAAUAUGCACAGGCAUGCGAAGAAUGAAAACAUUCACACAAAACUGUUGCCACAUUUCUGGAAAGGAGGUGAAAACGGAAUUGACAAUACAAUUAAUUGAACUAUUGCAAUAUUCUUUAUAACCUCGGUAGUAAUUGUUACGGACAGAAACCAACAUCACAUCAGUGCCAUUAUAAAUAUAAACUGUUUUAAAUAAAAGUGUACCCGAAUUCAAGACAAAACCAGAAACUGUUGGUUUAUGAAUAAAUGUCAAAACAACGACCAUAAUCCAAAGGAACUCCAUUUUUCUAUUCAUUAUUCAAGAAAUGUGAUAUAUCAUGUCCCGGUUAAACGGUGCUUAAUACUUAAUCCAUACUUAGUUUUUCAAUAAAAUAUAUAGGCCUAUAAAUUUCCUUUUGUAAAAAAGAAAAUAUGUAAAACCGUAAUCUCAAUAAAGAAAACGCGGUUCGUUCUUAAAAGAUAUAAAUAUAUACAUUGUGACUUAGUUGUUUUAUCGAGUGUCUUGUCUGUAACGGAGGUUCUGGGACAAUAGCAUUAAUUUCGGAAUAGAAUUCCUCCCCCUUGGUCUUGUUGGAAAUUCUAUCGGUAAACAGCUAUUUAGUAGAAAUCUAGGAAUUUGGUUCCAAUUAUAUCAGGUAAAAUGUACUCGCUAGAGUUACCUUGUUGACUGAAAAUCAACUAGUUACGUUUUAAUCUAAAAUAAACUUGAAUUUUUGGACCUGCCGAGGUAAGACUCGGCGACUGAAAAAAAAACUUUGAUUUCAAAUUAAUGUGACAAUUUUUGUCAGCAUCAUAUUCUCAUUUACUGAAUUCUAUAAAUGGGAGUAAUUUCAAAAUUUUCAUUAAGCCAGUAUACUUAGGUAGCUCUGAUGCAAGUAAUUACAAAUUUAACUAACUGAACCUAAUGUAUCCUUACAAGUGGUGAAUAGUUGAUACCGAUAGAGUGGCCAUUUUGUUUCUCACAGUUCCUAGUACACGUUUGGCGUGACACAAUAUAAAUAAUGCUAUUGAAUCCCAGGGAAGCUGCGUCUACUUACUAGGCCACAAAAAGAAAGGCAAUGCAACGCUGGGUUGAACUUUGAAUGCAGACUUCAGUAUGUUGACGGUAUAAACACAACAUAACAUGAUACAAGCAUUGUUACGUGAAAACAUGAGGAUGAAGAAGUUACGUCCUUUACUAUGAACAAUCACGUAAUACAGCAGAUGUCAUCCAUAUUGUUUUGCAUCUGGAAAAAUUCAUUCUACUAUAUAACAUUUCCACACGAUUUUAAGGACAAAAUUCUGUAGUUCAAUCAGAGUCGAUUAUCAGCUUCUACAUUGUCUAACCUCCGAAAUGUGGAACGUCACAGGUCAAGUUCCAAGUGUAAGUGUUAGAGUGAAUGUUUUUUGUAACAAAAGAAUGUACAUACUGUAGAUUUUUGUUUUAUUUUGGAUGAUGCUCAUAGGAAAACACGCAAAACUUUAAUAAGUUUGUUCUCAGUGUGUUUUCCUUGCUGGAACGGGGGCUGAAUACGAUUGUGAAUGAAAUGCGCCCAUUUCUAGCAAUUCAUUUUUCUACACGAUCAUUUUUCUUAUUCUUGUACAGUAAAUAUGAUAGGAUAAUUGUACAGUAUAUGAAAAUAAAUGUUAUUCGGCCAAAA